CCUCAUUCUGCCAGCUGCCUCCAAGACACCGAUUCAGACAUCAUCGCCGACCCCCCCAUGGCGUCUCAGGAUGAUGCAGGCGCGUUUAUCCGCCCCGCCGCGGCCGAGAUACAGGUGGCGUGGAGGGCCCUCUUCUCCGACCCAAUGCUCAGUGCGAGCUCUCUCAAGGCGGAGGCCAGUGGUGCGGGUUUAGGGCCGGCCGGGGACGACGGCGGCGUUAUUCUGCGCUCCGUGUAUUGGAGGUUCUACCUCGGACUCCUCCCUCCCCCGGAUGACCUUGACCUCUUCCCUCCAGCGCUGGCCGCCGCGCGCAGAAGCUAUGAAGACCUGCGCGAACGCUUUCUAGUUGCGCCGGAUGGACGCUGGGCUGCCGACUGCACUGGUGGCGAGGGGUACGCAACCUCAUCGCCGAAGACGGCGUGGAUCGACCCGUUGAGUCUCGACGGAGGCUCACCAUGGAAGACAUGGUUCGCCCACAUCGAACUCCGCGCCACGAUCCGCCAGGACGUCGACCGCACCUUCCCCGACAUCCCCUACUUCUCGCAGGAGCAUGUUCGGCGCGCCCUCACCACCAUGCUCUUCCUGUUCUCCAUCACUAACCCCGAUGUCGGAUACCGACAGGGCAUGCACGAGUUGCUGGCGGUGUGCCUUGUGACGGUGGACCGUGACUCGGUCGUUGCUGAGCCAGGGAGGGCGCGACCGUCCCCACUCCUCACCACCCCGACCGCGGUGCGCGACGAGGCAAUGAUCUCCACCCUUGACCGCGCCUACACAGAACAUGACGCGUUCCAGCUCUUUCUGCAGAUCAUGAAGCCUGCAAAAGCCUUCUACGAGUGGCGAGCUGAGGAAGGCAGGCCGCGACAGGCAGCCGCGGCCGGACCUGUGGCCCCCAUCAUCACCCGCUGUGUCCACAUCCAAGGCCUACUGAGACGCGUCGACCCCCAGCUAUGGGAGCGGCUCGAGAGUGAGGGUGUCGAGCCUCAAAUAUGGGCCAUCCGCUGGAUCCGUCUUAUCCUCACACGAGAACUGCCGUUUCCAGAGGCGCUCCGUCUGUGGGAUGGCAUGUUUGCCGAGGACCCAACUCUCGGCAUUCUAGAUUAUGUCUGCCUGGCAAUGCUUCUCUUAAUCCGCAAUGAACUCAUUCAUGCCGACUAUCCAACAUUGCUCACCCACCUCCUGCACUAUCCAUCACCAUCCAAAACGUACCCCUUCAAACCAGCUCUCAUUCUUUCACAGGCCAAAAUCCUGCGCGCAAACCGUACAUCCGCGUCAGGCGCCGAGGUUGUGAUGCAAAACCACGAAAUACUCGGCGUUAAAGCUGGCGGCCCCGACAUUGCUGACAACCCGAUCGACCCCGACGCGACGACCCCUAACUCAUACCAUCUCGGUAGUGGGACGUCUCCCUCGCCGCGUCCUGGGUCUGCGACGCGUGGCAAAGCACGAGCAGGGAUGCAAGGGCUUGCACAGGGGCUAUUUGAGCGCGCCCAGAAAGCCGGGCUGGAUAAAGCAUUCUUGUCGACUGUCAAUGACCUGAGGAGCUCCCUCCCUGACAGCACAUCGGCUUACUCAUUCCUCAACUUCUCUCCCUCACAAACCCCAAACACCAAUACGCCAGGGCCAUACUCAUCAAUUCCGUCGACAGCAUCUGCGCUUCCGCGCCCCGUGUUCCAGAAGGAGCACAGCGACGACACAGAGUCAAUCUCGUCAGCCAAGUCAUUGCGCGACGCAGAGCGUCAGCUUGCCGAGGUUCGGUUAGCCAUGCUGAGCAUGGGCAAGGCAAUGACUGAGUGGAUGAGCGUGCUGCGCGAGGGGGAGGAGGGACCAGAGGCCGCCGAGGCGUGGACUGGCCUGAAUCGUGUCCGAGACACGCUGCUGGAGGCUGCAGGCCAGGAAGUAGAUGACCUCGUCAAAGAUUGGGCGUGGAAUGACGCGCUCGACGCGUCCCGCAGCCGCUCCUCUAGUGAACAGCCGACGCCCAUCGAACCUCCAUCGGUUGCGUCACUACCGCCACCAUUGCCAUCUCUCUCACCGCCCAGGACGGAGGAAGCGCAAGUUACACCUAAGGCCAAGUCUACAGCACGCAUGGCAAACAGCAGCAAUCUCCCUACGCCACCAGAUAGAACGAGGCCCCAACUACAUCUCUCGAACCGACCCGACCAACCUGCGCCAGGCCUUACGCGCACGCUUCACCAUCCGCGCCCGUCUUUUGGCGCAAACCCAGCUACGCGCCUGUCCAGCCACUUGGACGCGUCAUCCGUCCCUGUCAGGCAUGCCGCGCGGGUGGUUUCACCGCCGACGUCUCCCUCGCCUCCACAGGACAUGGAUCCGCUGGCAGGUCUUGGCGUCGAGGCGAUCCCACUCGACCACGCCCGUGAGUCGCGACGGCGAUCGGCCAUCUUUCGAGGCUCCCCUGGCUCGGGCGCAGGCAGCACGGCCACCAGUCCCCGCAUGGCCGUCGGCAGCGACCCUCUCGGCGUGCACCUGUAACCUUGUAUGCAUCCUUGUAACGCGUUUGUCAGACGCGGUGCUUAGUGACCAUGGACGGGACGCUGU